GUCUACCAGUGUUUAGGUUCUGCGAGAACUCUUUCGUUAGAAUUAAACUCCGAUAUUAUCGAGUCUCUCGCUCGUUCGCUCUCUCGCUCGCUCUCUCUUUUUCUGUUUCUCUGUUUCACCUGCACCCCACAGCUGUCAUUAACCAGCGAACUAGUAUGUGGUGGGUCAGACACGCCGUUUUUUCUUUACAUUGUGCAUCCAAAUAACCGAUUAUAUUUGGGGCAAUAGAUCGAGUGAUCGCUGAGAGUACCGUCCGUCAUCCGAGGUCUGCUCUCCGUUUCAAGCAAAACCGGUACGAAACUGCUGCGGCUGACAUCGGACAGCUGGUACGACUCUACUGUGCUAUCACGACGCAGAGGGAAGAGCCAAAAAUGAAGUUGCACUGGCGCAGACGCUACCAGCGGAACACCUCUAGAGCAUAUACAGUUUAUUAGAUAAUGUCUCUGUUCGGUUUCGGUGUGACAGCCUCGAAGCUUUUAAGGUGUUCUCAAUUAUAUAAGUGUUCCUGGUAGAAGAUACAUCCCUUGAGUAGCAUCAUCCACUAGGAAGAUCGCGCUUAAGCCGUCGUUCAUUAUAGAGCAGGCGGCAACUCGUUAAAUGCACUUCGGUGUGAAAAAAAAACGACGAUGCAAAUCACCGACUUACACGCGUGUUUUCUAACGCACGUUAUCAAAAUGCUUAACGACGAUCAGAAGUCAAUAAGUGGAUCCAUUUUGAACGUUCCAACGAUUCAGUCAGCCGACAUUAAGCAACUGGUGUCUAUUUAGUGCGAAAAGCUUUCAUUCGUACUAUCUCAUCGUGUUCUCGAUUGCUCCACUCCCUAAUUAGGCCAGCGUUCAAUUAGGAACCUUUGUAGUACGCUGCUUAAUAAUGGUAUCGAUGUAAGGCAAAAUAACAACAAAAGAAGAGCUUGGAGCAGCGGAACUCAGGAUGAGCCUACUUGUAAGAUACGAAUAUUUGUGAGUGUGCAGUGCUGUGAAAUUUCACAAGUGAGACUGCGCCUGUUUUUUGCGGUGUACGUCUACGUAGAUCAUGUAUAAACAUAAAGUGAGAAACGAAUAAAAACGGCAUCGUUGUCGCCGUAAAUGGAACCCCAUUAAAGGAGCUACGUAAAUAGAGGCUAUUUAGCCAAACCGUUAAACAGAGUCGAAACUCAGACGUAAUCGAUGAACUAGACGCAACAUGGCUCGAUCUGAUGUGCAGUGAAAUCUUUAACGUAAAAUGUGAACACAUUUGGGAAUAAGAAAUGAAGCAUCGGAGCCGGCCAACUGCAGUGCCCGAGAUAAAUCGCUAAGUCAUACACCUUUGACACAACUCUUUAGCUAAUUGACAUCUAAAGAACUAAACGAGUAUUUAACACUGUUGUUUGGUAACUGUGCCGUGAACUGUGUUGGCUAGUUGUUUUUUUGUUUAGAAAAAAAAAAGUUACCGUUACAUGUUAUAGUCGGAAUGACCGUUUGCAUAUUCAAAAAUAAUCAAAUCCACCAUCAACAGAUACAAGUGGAUUAGAGGUCUUUUAUUACCUUUCUUAUUAUCUAUACUUAUUUAUGUUUAUUAUCGAAAUGCGCGCACUUCUGACCGAUGUUGGACCACGGUUGCCAUACGCAAACACAACGUUGUAGUUCUUCGGGUACAGAGUAGAUAUACAGUCGAUUUCGUUCCAUCCGUAAAUUUUAUCGAUGCAUAAACGUAAGAAAAUCGGCGCUCAUGCCGUUGACAGUAUGCCUCUUUACCUUAAGGCUUUAAAACUCAUUUAAAAAGUUACAGAUAAGUUAGAAAAACACUUAUAAAUUCCUUCACGUGCGCGUUCAAUGACGAAUAUGUCCCGUUACUUUUCGGUCAUGCCGCACUUGUAGUACGUAUAGGUUGGAAUAGUUUUGCUGGUGAUAUCUUUCAUUGCAAGUAGACUUUCCUUAAAUUGCAUGCGUGAUCUUUCCCACAGAUGUUAUGGUGUUCCAUUUUUCCACUACAAAUAUAGAAAAUAAAAUCAUAGGGAUUAUUCAAAAAAAAACGCUGAACUCAUAUUAGUUUUUGUGACCGCGUCGAAAGCGAGUUAAAGCUAGAUAGAACGCUCAGGGGCAUUGUCAUUCCGCCGUUGUGCUCACUUGGCAUUAGCACAAAAAGAGAAACUUAACUUUAAAGAGAGACGUACAAAAGAAAUUGUUCUAAUUGGCCUAGAAUUUCCUGUAAACGUUGUACGUCGCGGCAAGUUCUUGCUUUUUGUGUGAAGAGUCCAUUUCGCAGCCGAACAUUAAACUUCAUUAAUUUACUUAGUCAGUGCAUAAUUAUCAUGUUUGCGUUAGGUUGCCGGAUCCGUGGAUAACUUGAUUGCACCAACUUUUUUUUAAGUUUGUCUUUGCACAAACAAGCUUUACUUAGGUCGAAGGGAAUUAACGAGACGUCACAAAUGAAAAUUAUCGAAAAAAAAAAAAGGAAUAAUGGAUCAUUUUGAAUACAUUGCAUCUUAUCAUCUUAGUAGCGUGACUUUACCUUGAGUUAAGUUCUAUUAGACGUUGACAGAACUCAUCGCCCAAAAUUAAUUGGGUCUCUAUGCUAAUUUCUUAAUGGUCAACUCAGCCUUAAUUUUUCUAUUCCGUCCGUCCUGCGCUAUUUCUUUAAUGAGCUUGUCUUUGUAAUUUGCCUCCCUACGUAAAACCGAGUUUCCAUUCUAUUUCGGUGGUUGCCAGUUUACAUCUGACAACAAAGGAAAUUUGUUGCUUUGAGCUACGGUUUUUGGUUGCUCUUUUGAAUUAAAGAUACCAUGAUAUAAAAAGUGAAGGUUCGCUCAUCAGGAGUGCAUGCCAUUAUGCCCCCUAAGUGUGUUAUUUAAUUUUGAUCAGAUAAUGGUAGCAUGCUCUAAACAGUUCGUCAGGCACAUCGUAUAUCUUAAUUCAUAGAGAUAUUGAAAAGUCUCGAAAUUGUAUAGUACCUAGCGUUUUACGAAGGAGCUGAGAUGAAAGAUGGGUCAAGUCCUGUUAUGGACUGCGCUAGCGCCAGGCAGUGUUACAUAAUGUUGUGGCUACAAAGCCGUUACUAACUUGCAACAGUCUGCUAGAUGGUCGAUACGGAACUAAAAUGAAUAUAAACUUUAGCCAUGUUGUCGUACAUUUGUCAACUACCACUAAUGGUAUCACAAAAAUCGUCUACAUGCGAGUUAGCCAAAGAGAGAGGUAAAUAUCAGUUAUUACUAAACGUAACAGACAUGUUAAGAAAUGUUAACACGGGCUUAUUCUUGCAGGUUUCCACGAUUUCAGCGUUGGGCUGUGAGGUGCUCAUCGCAAAUACAAACUGCAUAUUCGAAUUAUUGUCUGGGUAGAGUCAACACUUAAUAUAAUAAAUAUAGUAUGCUGUAAAUAGACACCCGACAUUUUGUCUUUGCUACGAUAUACUUUCGAGAUAGCUACCUAAAUGUGCCACCUUGAAUGCUCCAAACCUUAAUUCCGACUUUUUUUUAGGUCGUAUGCAUAUGAAUAGCAGUGAAAAUUAUACAUUUCACGAGAAAACAUAGGACAGCUAUGUCGAGUGCAUGCUUUCAGUUCUAGCUAACUUUACUUUGGAAUGAACUUUAAGAACUUGUUUUCUAAAACAGCAUAGUACAAUAGGUAUAUAGAAGAAGUGCACGAUUUACGUACGAAUGAAUUAUAGAAUACUCGCCUAUUUCAAAUGAAACCACAUCUUUGCAAGCACAAUUCGACAAAAAAUAAUAUGUGAAUAAUAUUUGUUUGCGGGCAAUAGUUCGUGGAUGCCAUCCUUUGCCUAGCAAUAUAACGAAGACAAUUACAGUAUAUAUCCUCUUCUGUGUAUGUUUAGGGCGUGCGUGUUUUCUUUUUAGUCAAGUUAAUCAAAUUCUAACGAAUUUUUAUAUAUUCACUGUAUAUAUGUAGAAUUCUAAAGGUAUAUAUAUUCAGUAAUCAAUGGCGAAGAAAUUAAUUGCCACAGGAGAAGCUAGUUCAACAGCAUAGUAAUGUUCUUGGCCAUCUGCAUGUACGCAAUUUUGUGCAAAACGGCACGUAAAGGAUUUGAGGGUAUAACCGAGUUGCGGUGGAACGCUUUGUCACCGAAUCGUUUUCAGUGAGGAGCCUUCUAUAUGGCUUAAAUUACCAAAGCUGACUUAUUUCGUAACGUAUUUAUCGGGACCAAAAAUGAGGCCUUGAAGUUUCUUCUUUCGUUUAGGAAAGCUAAAAAAGACUUAUAGAUUGAUAUUUCUCUGCCGCAUGUAGUUGGAAGGUUUAUGGAAAGGUUUGAGUUCGAUAAUUAAAAACCAGCAUUGUUUUUUUAGACAUCUUUAUGCGUCUGUGGAAAUAAGUGGUUCAAGCAAUGAAUUACAGUUUGGCCCGACUUCGCCGUAAAGAAUUCUCUAUAUACGCACUCACCCAACACUUUAACUCAUGACACAUAGUUUUGGGACAGACGAUUUCUUUCGUAGCAGAAAAGCACUAAUCGCCAUAUGAAAAAUUUAGAAAAAAUUCUGUAUUUAUGCGUGUACGACAGUUGUCUUUCUGCAUCCCAUGUGACGUUAUUCAUUAAUGAAAAACAUUAAUGGCGACGGCGUACAAAGCUCAUACGGACGCGCGUGAUUUGCAUCGGGCGUAUAAUGAAAUAUCGUUGUGAAAAUAUCUAUUCCCAAGAUCAUUCCUGUGCGAUUCCUCGUCACGUUUGUCAGUCCGGAUCCUAAAGAGAAGCACAAUACAAUAGGUGAUUUAACAACGACUAACAAACAAAUUGAUUGAAAUGAAAUAACUGAAUUACUUUACCUACUACUCUAUAUAAAACCACCGAUCCGCCAUUAACGACCAAAAUUCAAUAUUGUUCGCUUCAUCUGUAAACACUAAAGAGUAGCUGUUAUUACGUUUCUACACAAGAAUAGGUGAUGUAUGAGCAAUUCGAGUGUCACUCACGUGUGUCUUUUGAAUUUCUAAUUAAAACCGAAGAAAAAACUAUAUGUAUGUAAGCCGUAUUGAAUCUUAUGGAUGAAUCUGAUAUGCAAAACUAUGCAUCCGUUUACCCUCUUAGGCCUUUACAGCUUAAUGCUAAUUUCCUAUCGCCAUUCGAUUGUAUAAAACAGCAGCUACCCAGAGGCGACGACGUUAUACGAUGUUUGGUCAUACCUGCAACAAGUGAUGCCAAUGUGGACAUGAUGUAUCGACUCUAAUAUUCAUUUGUAAUAAUAUGAGGUAAAAAAUGAUACGGAUAUAAAUUGCCAGUGAAUUUUUUCUAUCUCAACAAAAUACGUAGUUGUAAGUCGAUCUGGGUCGAUGGUAGUUUACAGUUUAGAACAUUAUAAGUAACUGAAAUUAAUUGUCAGGUUCUCUAAGGAUGACCAAAGGAGCUAAGAUCAGUUUGAAUACCAUAUGUUGUAUACACAAUGUGUAUUUUCUAACGAAGCGCGUCCUCUAUGUGGUGAGCAAGUAGCUUUGACGAUUUCGUAUGUGCAAAAUCGCCUUUAUCUUUUUCAGGACUAGUUAUUGACUUUCGAGAAAAAAAAUGGUUCAUUAAUUGUUAGAGAAAUGUACAUCGGAAGUUUAGAACGUGGUACUAGUUGAUGUAAUCACACGGCUUCACUUUGUUUCAAUUAACAGUCAGUUGCCAAGUCUCAUUUUUUAAAAUUCACGGCUUUGCCUGUAUGCGAACUUUAUUAUCUCAGUCUACUCCCGUUUUUUAAAGAGGUCGCGUAUUUCUAUUUGUUAUCAAUUCUUGCAUGGAAGGUCAAAGAUCAUAGAAGUUGCCUUGUUUUUCCGAAGUGAAUUUUUUCUUCCCUUUUAUUUGACACUUUAUUCUAACGUUUUGAGGUCGUUACUCCCUUUCCCUUUCGUCUGCUUCUUCUACGACAAACAUCUACAUGCUUUGUACACGCUAUGAAAUCAAUGUGAAUUUGCCAUGGCCGGGACUACAUCCAGAAAUUGAAUCAAGCACCGUCUUCUGUUCGGGGGAUGUCGAUGCUCUACUGGCCGGUACUAUUCCGCCGAUGCCCAGUUUUCCGCCGACGACAAACGUUCGACGAUACAAUUGUUCCUACUGUGACUACUCGUCGGUAUUUCGCUCGAACCUCGAUAAGCAUAUCCGUAAGCAUACGGGCGAUAAACCGUUCAAGUGUGCCAUCAGUGGCUGUGUCUUCCGAACGGCAAACAAAAGUAAUCUCAAUCAACACCACAAAGCUGUACACGGGAUCGUAUCAUUACGAAGGUUUGUUCUCUCUAUACCGGCGGCUGAAGCGGACAAUCCCGUUGUCGAAGAUUUAUCCCAGGCUAAACGAUUUCGUUGCGAAUUCUGCCCUUACAACUCACCUUUCAAGUGCAACCUCGAUAAGCAUGUCCGACGGCAUAAGGGCGAAAAGCCGUAUGCCUACCUUGUGCGAUUGCGUUUUUCAGUUCUACUUUCGAUACCGCCCGUGGAUAUCCAGAAUUUUGAGGAUUCGUCGCAGGUGAAGCGGUUUCAGUGCGAACUAUGUCCGUACACGACAGCUUUCAAAUGUAACCUUGACAAGCACAUUCGACGUCACCGUGGCGAAAAGCCUUACGGAUGUACGAUUUGCGAUUAUGCCACCGCUUGCCAGAGCCAUCUCGCGGCCCAUGUACGAAGCUGUCUACGAAGAAGGGCGAUUUCGGUCGAUGUCAAUUCGACGGCAAUGGGACCUGUGUAACUCUACCACUUGAGUCUGUACCGCAAAUCCCGAGAUCAUGGUAGCUGUACGGCCACACAUGAAGAUCAUGGAAAAAGGAUAUUCAUCAACAACUGGCCAUCUGCUUACCACUAGUUUAUCACUGAACGCAUUUGAGAACAAUGUUAAAGUCAAUUUGACAAGGGGCUUUCUAAAUGUCUGCCCACCUCAAUAAUACGUACAGUCGUUUCUCAUUGUCGAGAGAAAUAUAGUAGAGAAUAGAAAAUGAGUCAAGUUUUUUGGUCUGUUAGGUUUGAGGUUCUGCUACACGAAAUCUAUAUAUAACCUAGUUGACUGUGAGAUCAUUUAUUUGCACUAGUUUUGCGGGUUAGUACAAUUUGCCUUUUCUUUCCUGCCCGCCUAUUGUUGAGAUCCUUAUGUAUUUUUACUACCGUCAUUACGCUGUUGUUUCAGUGAAUUCCACGCACAGACGAUAGUAGGUCAUGAAAAUAAAGUGUUAGGUCCUGAAUUUGCUACGAAUUUCCGUUAUUUUAGGAGGCACCUUAUUUGUUGAUGUCUUUAUUAUUACUUAAAAUAUUGUGUUAUAUUGGAUUCUUUUUUCAUACAGGAGUUUCUCAUUUUAACUUCAUAACCAUACUUAAACUCACAUUGGCUUGAAUAGACUACUAUGGCCUUAUAACAUAGUAUUUUAACUCUCUAUAUCAUACGCAAAUAAAUUUUUCCCUAUGACGUUCCUUGACAUUUUCUUUGAAAACCUUUGAUUACGCUACCCGUCAGAAUAAAAUUUCGAGGAAAGUUCAAGUUACCUGGUUACUUUUUUCGGGACGAUUGCAUUAUAUGUACAGUGGGCCCUAUCGAUGCAACGAAAAUACCGGCUACAUUAGCUAAUUAAUCAAUCAGCCUAUGUUCAAGCACAAAAAAAUCAUUAUGCUGUUGACGCUGAUGAUGACGACGACUCUCAGUUUCAAUUUUGCAAGUUAAAGUUAGAAAAGAGAUGUGGAACAAUAAAUAAACGAACACUUCUCAGUGGCAUGUCGACUUUUCUCCUAAAUGUAAACCUAUGCUUUCCAAGCUGUACAUUUAAGCCUGACUCUAUAUCGAGUCUGUUCUUCCUCUUCACCAUUUGAACCAGCUGUUAUCUUAUGGAGGCUGUCAUACACUAAACUGGAUUCUGUAGAAGAUACGGCCGGAUGUAUUCUAAUUCAUACUAGCACCUUUCGAUCUCGUAUUAAUCCAUU